AUGGAGCGCGAGGUUCGGCGGGGUGAUCCAUUAUCCCCGUUCUUGUUCAUUAUUGAAGUUGAAGGACUUCACAUUGCUUUUGAAUCGGCGAAAGAAAAGGGCAUAUUUAAAGGUAUCCAACUCCCCCACCGUGAUCCAGUAAUCUUUCACCUUCAAUACGCUAAUGACGUAAUAUUUAUGGGAUCAUGGGCAACGGAAAAUACGAAAAACCUGAUCAGAAUUCUAAGAUGUUUUGAACUGUCAUCGGGACUCAAGAUUAAUAUGUCAAAAAGUAAAUUAUAUGGGUUUGGUGUUCAGAACUGUGAGCUGGAACUUGUGGCCCGUAGUUUCAACCAUUCGAUUGGUUCUCUCCCUUUUACCUACUUAGGUCUCCCUGUUGGCGCUUCUAUGGCUAGAGUCACCCACUGGAAACCUAUCAUCGAAAAAUUCCAGGCAAAACUAUCCAGAUGGAAAGCCUCCACCUUGUUGUUUGGGGGUAGAUUGACCUUAUGCAAAGUAGUACUAAGUAGCCUUGGCUCGUUUUACUUCUCUAUAUAUAUGGCUCCUAUAAAGGUGAUUAAAAGUCUUGAAAGAAUUCAGAUGAUGUUUUUUUGGGGAGGCUGCCUGGAAUCAAGGAAAAUGGCCUGGAUUGCUUGGGAUAAGAUCCUCGCAGCUAAAGAAAAAGGUGGGCUCGGUGUUGGUAGUUUAAAGGCGCAAAAUCUUGCUCUCUUGGGAAAAUGGUGGUGGCGUUUCAGAAAACAGCCUGACAGCAUAUGGGCUUUGGUGAUUAAAGCCAUUCAUGGACCUAAUGGAGGCGUUUCUCGACCUAUGGCUACAAAAAGAAGAAGUGGUUGCUGGGUUCAAUUGCAUGCCUGCCAAUAUCGUUAG